CCUUAAGCUGUUCCUUUCUUCCCUUUCAUUUCAUUGCAUGAAUAAUUCUUCGUUCAAAGGGGAUGCAGACAAAGAAGAUCGAUGAGAUGAGACUGAGUUAUAACAUAAGAUAUUAGGUUGUAGUUCAAGUGAAGUUUCCUCUGGGGGAGUGCACAAACAUGUCUUCUGCAGCUGCAACUUGGGUCACGUCUCUCCAAUGUUCACCCUCAGAGGAAACAUUUCUCUCAACUUCAAAUCUACCUCAGUGGCUGAGAUUCAUUUUCCUCUCACCAUGUCCUCAGAGAGCUCUAUUUUCUGCUGUUGACGCACUACUCCUUCUUACCCUCUUUGUGUUUGCUAUCACAAAGCUCUAUUCAAGGUUCACUUCCAAUGUCAACACCAACUCCGAGCUCAACAAGCCCCUUAUCAGAAAUACCAGAGGUUCUGACAGAACAACUAUAUGGUUUAAGCUAACUCUAACUGCAACGGUUGUUUUGACUAUAUUGUACCUGGUCGCUUGCAUUCUGGUCUUCAGCAGUUCCACCCAGUUGCCAUGGAAGCAAGUUGAUGGACUAUUUUGGUUGGUUCAGACCAUAACACAACUAGUCCUUGCAAUCUUAAUCAUUCAUGAGAAAAAAUUUGAAGCUGUUGCUCACCCAAUAUCGCUUCGAAUAUACUGGAUUGCGAAUUUCAUCAUCGUUUCUUUGUUCACAGCAUCUGGGGUUAUACGUUUGGUCUCUGUGGAAGUGGAAGAAGGCAAGCACUUCAGCUUUAUGGUGGAUGACAUAGUCUCUUUCAUUUCUCUCCCUCUGUCGCUUUUUCUGCUUUGUGUUGCGAUUAAAGGAUCCACUGGGAUUAAGUCAAGGGAAGAAACGCGACCGCUUAUUGAUGAGGAAACCAAACUAUAUGAUCCUAAUCUGGACAAAUCCAACGUUACUGGAUUUGCAUCAGCUUCUUUACUAUCCAAGGCCUUUUGGAUUUGGAUAAACCCCUUGUUGAGUAAAGGGUACCAGUCACCAUUGAAGAUUGAGGAAAUUCCAUCCCUUUCACCACAGCAUAGAGCUGAGAGGAUGUCAGUUAUAUUUGAAUCAAAAUGGCCUAAAUCAGAUGAGAGGUCGAAGCACCCCGUUCGAACCACGUUGCUUCGGUGCUUCUGGAAGGACAUAGCCUUCACUGCUUUCCUUGCUGUUAUUCGGCUGAGUGUCAUGUUUGUAGGGCCAGUUCUCAUUCAAAGUUUUGUUGAUUUCACUGCAGGGAAGGGUAGCUCUGUGUAUGAAGGAUACUACCUCGUGUUGAUUCUCCUUUGUUCCAAAUUUGUAGAAGUUUUGACCACUCACCAUUUCAACUUCAAUUCUCAGAAGCUUGGGAUGCUUAUAAGAUGCACUCUCAUCACUUCUUUGUACAAGAAGGGGUUGAGGCUAUCAUGCUCUGCAAGGCAGGAUCAUGGUGUUGGGCCUAUUGUGAAUUACAUGGCUGUUGAUACCCAGCAACUCUCUGACAUGAUGCUUCAACUUCAUGCCGUGUGGAUGAUGCCAUUUCAAGUUGGCAUUGGUUUAAUUUUGCUUUACAAUUGCCUAGGUGCCUCAGUGGUUACGGCCUUGAUUGGACUUCUUGGUGUUCUUGCGUUUAUUGUUGUGACUACUCGAAAGAACAAGGGUUACCAAUUUAAUGCAAUGAUGAAUCGUGAUUCUAGGAUGAAAGCUGUGAAUGAGAUGCUUAAUUACAUGCGUGUUAUCAAGUUCCAGGCUUGGGAGGAGCAUUUCAACGAGAGAAUUUUGGAUUUCCGUAAGUCAGAGUUUGGGUGGCUAUCCAAGUUUAUGUACUCAAUUUGUGGCAAUAUUAUUGUGUUGUGGAGCACACCGUUAUUGAUAUCAACAUUCACAUUUGGUACGGCGAUUUUGCUUGGAGUUCCACUUGAUGCAGGGACGGUGUUCACCACCACAACUGUGUUCAAGAUCCUACAGGAACCUAUUAGGACAUUUCCACAGUCUAUGAUAUCUCUUUCACAAGCAAUGGUAUCACUUGGGAGGUUAGAUAGGUACAUGUCUAGCAGGGAAUUGUCAAUUGAUUCAGUUGAGAGAGCUGAAGGUUGUGGUGGACCAACUGUUGUGGAGGUUAAAGAUGGAACCUUUAGCUGGGAUGAUGAUGGCCAAGAGCAGGACUUGAAAAAUAUCAAUUUGGAGAUUAACAAGGGGGAGCUCACAGCUAUUGUUGGGACUGUAGGGUCUGGAAAGUCUUCUCUCCUUGCAUCAAUUCUUGGUGAGAUGCACAAAAUUUCUGGAAAGGUUCAAGUUUGUGGGAGUACUGCUUAUGUUGCACAGACAUCUUGGAUUCAAAAUGGGACCAUUGAAGAAAACAUUCUCUUUGGUCGACCAAUGGACAGACGGCAGUACAAUGAAGUUGUCAGGGUUUGUUGCUUGGAGAAAGACUUGGAAAUGAUGGAGUUUGGGGAUCAGACAGAGAUUGGAGAGCGUGGCAUCAACCUAAGUGGGGGCCAGAAGCAGCGUAUCCAACUUGCCAGGGCUGUGUAUCAAGACUGUGAUAUAUAUCUUCUUGACGAUGUCUUCAGUGCUGUUGAUGCACACACUGGCACUGAAAUUUUUAAGGAAUGUGUGAGGGGAGUUCUAAAAGGCAAGACCAUUAUUCUUGUAACACAUCAAGUAGACUUCCUACACAAUGUGGAUCUUAUAAUGGUGAUGAGGGAUGGAACGAUAGUCCAAUCAGGGAAGUACAAUGAUCUACUCGAUUCUGGAUUGGAUUUUAGUGUUCUCGUAGCAGCACAUGAGACCUCUAUGGAACUAGUAGAACAAGGUGCCGUUAUGCCUGGUGAAAAUUUGAACAAACCAAUUAAAUCUCCGAAGGCAGUAGCAAAUGGUGAAAGCAAUUCUCUUGAACAACCCAAGACUGGCAAGGAAAGUUCUAAACUCAUCAAAGAAGAGGAGAGAGAGACUGGGAAAGUUAACUUACGUAUCUAUAAACUCUACUGCACUGAGGCUUUUGGGUGGUGGGGCAUUACAGGAAUACUCUUUGUUUCUUUGUUGUGGCAAGCAUCUAUGAUGGCAAGUGAUUAUUGGCUUGCAUAUGAAACCUCAGAAGACCGUGCUCAAUCGUUUAAUCCUUCUCUGUUUAUUUCCGUCUAUGCAAUUAUUUCUGUAGUUUCAGUUGUCUUGAUAGUGCUAAGAUCCUACUCUGUUACAAUCUUGGGGUUAAAGACAGCACAGAUUUUCUUCUCUCAAAUUCUUCAUAGCAUCUUGCAUGCCCCCAUGUCUUUCUUUGACACUACUCCAUCGGGGAGAAUUCUAAGCAGGGCAUCCACUGAUCAGACCAAUGUUGAUAUCUUUAUCCCCUUGUUCUUUAACUUUGUGGUGGCCAUGUACAUUACAGUGAUCAGCAUCUUCAUAAUCACAUGUCAAAAUUCUUGGCCUACAACUUUCUUGCUAAUACCUCUUGUUUGGUUGAACUUAUGGUACCGGGGUUAUUUUCUUUCUUCAUCUCGUGAGUUAACUCGCCUGGACUCAAUUACAAAGGCACCUGUCAUUCAUCAUUUCUCUGAAAGCAUUUCCGGGGUCAUGACAAUCCGUGCAUUCAAAAAGCAGAAGGAAUUUUGUGAAGAAAAUAUUAAACGGGUGAAUGCUAAUUUGCGAAUGGAUUUCCACAACUUCAGUUCUAAUGCGUGGUUGGGUUUCCGCUUAGAAUUGCUUGGAGCCUUAGUCUUUUGCAUUUCUGCUAUGUUCAUGAUCAUGUUACCCAGCAGUAUCAUAAAGCCAGAAAAUGUUGGCUUAUCUCUCUCUUAUGGAUUGUCAUUAAAUGCCGUGAUGUUCUGGGCUAUAUACAUGAGCUGUUUCAUUGAAAACAAAAUGGUAUCUGUUGAGAGGAUAAAGCAGUUCACAAAUAUUCCAUCAGAAGCAGCAUGGAAACUUAAGGAUCGUAUGCCUCCUUCAAAUUGGCCUGGUCAAGGCAAUGUUGACAUCAAAGACUUGCAGGUCAGAUAUCGUCCAAACACUCCAUUGGUUCUUAAAGGCAUUACUUUAAGCAUUAGUGGGGGAGAAAAGGUUGGAGUUGUUGGUCGAACUGGUAGUGGAAAAUCAACUUUAAUUCAAGUGUUCUUCAGGCUGGUGGAACCUACAGGAGGGAAAAUAAUCAUUGAUGGCAUUGACAUAUCCGCCUUAGGGCUUCAUGAUCUUAGAUCUCGGUUUGGUAUCAUCCCUCAGGAGCCUGUACUUUUUGAAGGAACUGUCAGAAGUAACAUUGAUCCAACUGGACAGUAUACAGAUGAAGAGAUAUGGAAGAGUUUGGAACGUUGUCAACUAAAAGAUGCAGUGGCUACUAAGCCUGAGAAACUUGACUCUUCAGUGGUUGAUAAUGGAGAUAACUGGAGUGUGGGGCAGAGGCAGUUGCUUUGUUUAGGGAGGGUUAUGCUUAAGCAAAGCAGGCUUUUGUUUAUGGAUGAGGCAACAGCUUCUGUUGAUUCUCAAACUGAUGCUGUAAUUCAGAAGAUCAUCCGAGAGGACUUUGCAGCCCGUACCAUCAUCAGCAUUGCUCAUAGAAUACCAACAGUCAUGGACUGUGAUAGAGUUCUAGUUGUAGAUGCAGGGCGAGCUAGAGAAUUUGACAAGCCAUCCAACUUGCUCCAGAGGCCAUCGCUCUUUGGGGCAUUAGUUCAAGAAUAUGCCAACCGCUCCACUGGACUUUAAGAAAACUUCAGCUUCCUAAAGGCCAAGCAUUUUGAUUGAUGUUAGAAGUACACCCUUUGAAGGAAAAUGACAAUUUCCUUGUAGACGCAGAAAACUAGUGUUGAGAAGUGCAGUCACUUUUGUAAUGCAUUAAAAGAUGAGCAGUUUCAUUGCCGGUCAAUUUUGACAAGUGAAGCAUGAGCAACGCUUGUAAAUUGUAUUCUGAUUAUGCUUGGUUAAAGUAGCACUAGCAUUCAAAACUCUAGCCAUAGUAGGUCCUGAUAUUUACACUGCAACACCAAGUGUAAUGACUAAGAAGUUUCACGAUUACCUUUUUGCAUUAUAUUGAAUUAUAUACCACUAAUAAUCUACU